AUGAGAUGGUUCAGGCACGAAGAAGAAAGGAAAGGCACAAGCGUAAAAGCUAAAGGCAAAGGCAAAGGCAAAGGCAGAGGCACAGGCAGAGGCAAAGGUAAGUAAAGGCAAAGGCAAAGGUAGAGGCAAAGCGGGCAGGCUGAAAGGACGAGCGGCGAACCUCGGCGCGGAGAAGAAACGAGAGCAAAAGAGAAAGAAAAUCCAAGCAGACGAGCGAGGUGGGCCGUGGAUUUAUAUCCCGGUCAACCACUUUGAGCCAUCAGCGGCUCGUUUGAAGUUCAGCCGCGGCCGCGCAGACGUUAUAAAGACAAACUAUGCCUACGGCACCGUCAUGCCCCACCACUUCAUACCAUAA